AUUUUGAUGUUCUGUGCCCAAGAAUUACUAGGAAUGAUAGAAUUACAGCCAUACACGAACGAAGUCACUUUGAUAUACAUUUUGAAGAACGGAGAUUCAGAUCUCGGAGGACAACAUUUUUUUUUACUUCCGAAGUGCUCGAAACUUUCUUUAUAUUUUUGACUCAGAAGCACGUGUAUUUCAAAUAUUCUUGACGUCUAAGAGGCUUCGGCGCAAUCUCCGACUAUCCAAAUCUCAUCAUCCUUCCUGAGCCUUCACAUCUUCUUCCACAACUUCGGUAACCAGAAAUGUUCGAACUUUUGAACUCGAGUGUCAUUAUUUACUUUUUAGUUUUGCAUGGAGCCCUUAACGCAGAAAGUAAAGUCUUCCAUGCCCCGCUGGAUUCAAAAAGUGAGACAAUGCUACACUGGGUUUUGGAUUAUCCAUCCAAAAGUAUCAUUUUCGAGGUUCAUUUACCGCGUAUGGAUCUGCAGUGGUUUGCACUUGGUUUUUCCGAGAGAGGAGAUCUAUUUCCAGCAGAUUAUUGUGUCCUAACUUCUGGUUGGAAUACAGUAAAUUUUGUGGAUACUUGGGCUGAUAAUGACGGAAUUCUUCACCUAGACGAUGAACAAAAUUGUAACCACUUUCAACAGAAGAAUAUUAAGAGUGUUUCGAAGUUCACAUUCAGUAGAAAAUUCGAUACGUGUGAUGAUAAGGAUUACAUCAUUGAGGAAGGAACAACUCAUAUUGUAUGGCUGAGAGAUGAAGGACCAUUAACAAAUGUAGAAGGAUUCAAUGUAAGCAACCACUCGAAGGAAAAGAGAGGAAUGAUAAGAGUAAGCCUUUUGAAAAGCUUAUACGAAUCAGAACUGCCGUCCUUUGUGAAGAAUUUCGAUAUUGUGGUGGAUAAAGUGAAAGUUCCAGCUGAUGAGACCACCUAUUGGUGUAGCGUACGUAAAUUACCUACUAAAUUCAAGAACAAGCAUCACAUAUAUCAGUUUGAAGCAAACAUUCAAAAAAGUAGUGAAGGUAUUGUUCAUCACAUGGAAGUAUUCCACUGUCUUGCUCCAGCCAAUGAUCAAAUUCCACUAUACGAAGGAUCGUGCUUCUCUGUUGAACGGCCAGCAGGAACUCAAGUUUGCAAGAGGGUCUUGGCCGCAUGGGCAAUGGGAGCAGGUCCUUUCACCUAUCCUGAAGAAGCAAGUUUACCUCUUGGUGGUCCAGAUUUCAACCAAUAUAUCAUGUUAGAAAUUCAUUACAAUAAUCCAGAAUUAAUAUCAGGAAUAAUAGACAGUUCUGGAAUAAGAUUAUAUGUUUCUGAUGUUCUUAAGGACAUGGAUGCUGGAAUAAUGGAACUGGGUCUCGAAUAUACCGAUAAAAUGGCAAUACCACCGAAAUUGAACCAAUUUCCUCUGUUUGGUUAUUGUGUGAGCGAAUGUACUGCAGUGGGUCUUCCACAAACUGGAAUAACCAUCUUUGGGUCCCAACUUCAUACUCAUUUAACCGGAAUCAAAGUUGCUACAAGGCAUUUCAGGAAUGGACGGGAACUUCCUCCUUUAAAUUACGACUACCACUAUUCAACUCAUUUCCAAGAAAUUAGAAGGCUAAAAUCACCCGUGACUGUGCUUCCUGGGGAUGCAUUAAUCACAAGAUGCGACUAUAACACCGAAGAUAGAGUUAAUAUUACUUUGGGAGGAUUCUCCAUUAGUGAUGAAAUGUGUGUAAAUUACGUCCACUACUUCCCAGCCAGUUCCCUGGAAGUGUGCAAGAGUUCGAUUUCAGAUCAAGCUCUUCAGACAUAUUUUCGCUAUAUGAAUGAAUGGGAAGGACAAACAACUUCAUCUUCUCAAGGUAUAUCAGAUAACUACAAAGCUAUAGAAUGGAAUAAAAUGCGUAUUCAGCUCUUGUUGGAGGUUUAUGCAGAAUCUCCAUUGAGUAUGCAAUGUAACAUGUCAUCAGGAGAAAGGUUUCCAGGAUACUGGGAGAACACUCCUUUACCUCCAAUUCUCACUCCUUUACCACCUCCUCAAAGAGAAUGUACAAAUUUAUGAAUUGAUUAACUAACUCAAAAUCAAAAUAUAUAACAUUAUUGUAUUUAAUACAAUGUUUCAAGUAA